AUGGACAACACCUCGAACCGACCCUUCCAGCUCCGCCUGAACACGAAACCGAAUCCCAAGCCCUUCGCUUCUUUCUUGCAACAUCGAAACAACAACCAACAGUCUAGCUCUCAGGACUCCUCUGGCGGCCAGGCCUCUCAACGACGAUGGAUGGAUCCGAACUCGAAUGCUGCUCGCGCUAGUCCGGCACCUCCGAGGAUCUUUCACCCACCGGAGCCCCAGAAUCCUUUGCACUUCAAGACUCCGAGCGAUGCGCCUGCUUCUGAUCAUUCUGUGGAUGACUUCGCCGAUGAAGGGAGGAUCCCGAUCGCCCAUCGAGCGUCGGCGGAGACGCAAUACCCCGAAGACAAGACCCAGUAUGCUACGCCGCCUCCACCCACGAUGAAGAUCCCCUCUACGCACUCUCGCUACGAACGCUCCGCGACCCCGCAACCGGCACCACCACUCAAAGGACUGCGCGCGAGGUUGGACACGAACUACGACUACGAACCUGAUACUCGCGAGCCGCAACGUGCUAGACAGGCGUCUAUGCUCUCCUUCUUCAGCAACGACAACUUGGCCCAGCUGGCGCAAGAGCAUGCGGCGCGGGAGGAAGCGAUGCAUGCUCUGCACGACCAACUGGAGGAGAGCAAGGCGAACACCUCUCGGCUGACAAGACUGCUCAAAGAACGCGACCACGAACUCGCCGCGCGGACGUCCGCUCUUGCCGAACUGAAGACUCUGACACUCUCGAAGGACGAAGAACAUGCGAAGCAAGUACAAGAACUUGGCGCUCGCCUCGACGUGUCUGCCUCUCGGAUAUCUACUCUCGAAGGCGAAACCGACGUUCUGAAAAAGCAACUGCUAGACGCUGGCGACCGACUGGCACAGGCUGCGAAGACUACUGAGGACUCCGAGCGGCGCGCUGUAGACGCCGAACGACGAUGCGAGCAGGCCAUUCGCGACAACGAGGCGCGCGUCGCGUUUCUGACGCAGCAGAUGGAAGAUGUGAGGACGGACGCUCGCGCGCAGGUCGAUGAGACAAGGGAGGAGGCGCAGAACAUCAAGGACGAGGCGAAGAAGCGGAUGCACGACCUGAAGACCGCGAUGAAGAAGAGGGUCGAUGGGUUGACGGAAAGGUUCACGGAGUUGACCACAACCUUCACGGCGGUGCAGUCUCAACGCGCCUCAUGGGAUAGCCGCGCCAGCGAGGUUGAGCUCGGCGUUCAGGACCUUCAAGCUACCGUGAAGACAGGGCUUGCUGCUAUGCAACCAAUUCUGACCGCCGACGCGGGCGUCCUGAGGAUCGCUGAGACGAGGGCGGUCAUUGAAGAGCUUCAGGCGGAUCGCGCGAAUGCUAAUCAGGUCACCGACAUGCUGCGCGACAAGCUGCACGUCGUAAGCACCCAGCUCGUCGAGGCGAAGGACCGUGUGGCCGAACUCGAGCGCAUGCUCGCAGAGGACAAGCACCGAGUUCAGUCCAGCGUCUCUGAGCUCUCGCGUCUUGUAGGCGUCAAAGUCGAGGACAUGGCCGUUGAGCUGACGAAGAAGGCCCGAGAGAACAGCAAGAACAUGGACGAGGCUGAGCAGGUAGCGCACGAGCUCGGCACGGCCAAUGCCACGAUCGACCACCUCAGGGGCGUUCUCGCAGAGAAGGACGCUGAGUUGGAGGCUCUGCGGCCUGUCAAGGAGGAAGUCGCCCAUCUAAGGAUCAAGUGCGACACGAAAACUGCAGAGUUGGAGCAGUUGCUUGUAUUGCGAGAUGAGAAGCCGCACCUGGUACUCAAGCUGGAGGCAUUGGAGACGGCUGCGAAGGAGACCUCGCACAAGCUGCAGACCAGCGAAGCGAGGGUUGCCGACCUGUCGUUCAACCUUGCCGCGUCCAACUCCAAGCUGGAUGCGAUCGAGGAUAGCAAGAAAACCCUGCUCCUUCUCCAACGCGAACGCCAGGCAGAGAUGGUGAAGCUCCAGGACAAGUACGAGGAGUCUCUUGCCGAGACAGUCGAACUGCGCACGCAGAAGGCGAAUCUAGAGGACGUCCUAGUGAAAGCUCAGACGACAGUGCAUUCGCUAGAGGACCGAUAUGUCGAUCUUCGAUCUGCGCGCGACAGACUGGAAGCCGCACAAGACGAGGCCCAACAGGCGCGCGAGCGUAUGGAGCAGGAGUAUAUUGCCCGAAUCAGCGCUCUGGACGCCACCGUUCAGCAGCUCCGGGGCACCCUGUCGACUGCGCAAGACAGACUCACUGUGGCCGAGGAGAGGGUCCACGCUGGCUCGGCGAGCAUUCGCUCUCUUGAGGCCACCAUCGCAUCUCAGGAAGCACUUCUCGGCUCGAAAGACGAGGAGCAAAGGAGCCAAAUCAAAGAACUGGAGGCUUUGCGGGGGCGCUACGAUAAUCAGACGGAGAGCCUUCGUGCUUGCCGCUUAGAGCUUGGCGAGAUACAGGGCCGCCUGACUCAAGCUGAGGUCGCUUCGUCUGUGGCUGCAGCGAAAGCCCAAGCGGAGGCCGACCGCAGAGGUGUUGCAGAGGCCGCCCUCGCAGCCGCCAACGAUCGCCUGGCGCGACACUCGCAGGCUUCUGCUGCCGUCGACCAGCGGCUCACUGUGCAGGAGCAGGCCCACAACGCCACCGCGCGAGCGCUCAGGGAACGCGCCGAGACGGCGGAGCAAGAGACCAUCCAACUUCGGAUCGAGACCAAAGCUCUGGGGGACAUGAUCACCGAUCUGAAGGCCCGCAUCGCGGAACUGGACCUUCGCCCCGCCGAAGUUGACACGCACGCAAACGACGAGCUGUCGGCUGAGCUGGCUGAUGCGAAGGGGAGAGUUGCCGCCCUUGAGCAGACUGUCGCUGAGCUCAAUAACGACGCGGAAACUCUUUGCGAGCGGUACCAAGAUAAUCGUUUGUCUCCCAAGGAGAAAGAGUUCAUGGUUUGCGUUCUCAAUCGCUCAAAAUCGAUUCACGAGCAAGAAAUGGUGGCGAAGGGCAACGAGCUGCGUCGACGCGAAAAUACCAUCAACAACCUCAAGAAGGAGCUGGCCAGCGUUCAAGCACACCUCGCGCGGGUCCUAAGGGAGCAGCGGCAGGAUGACGGGCCGCGGUCGUCGGCGAACAAGAGUAUCUUCAACAUCAAUGCGUGGAUCUCCUCUAGCCCGCAAGAGCAGCCUCCUCAAGAGGGUCCCUCGGUCGCGUCGCCCGUGCCCACGCCGAAUGCGAAACGCUCUGCAGUCUCUCCACCUAUCGGGGAGAGCAAAACGGUCGCGACCACCACCGCAACGCCGCGCGCGAAGACCACGCUACCCGUCGACGAAGCCAAGCCAGCGCGUACGAACGGCGCAAGCUCCUCUCGCACUCUCGCAAACUCCACGCUACGCACACCCGUCGGGCAUUCCCUUCGCCGCCCGCUCACGCCCAAGCCCGCCGUCGCACCUCGCAAGCCGUUCGGCAAGAUCGACGUGGACACGGAGGAAGAUUAUCUGUCCCCAAUCGAGGACGAAGACGAAGACGAAGACGAUGGUGACGACUAUAUGCCACUUGCAAGCGCGAGGGCGGAUGUGACGAGUAAGAAGAAGGGGAAGGGCAAGGCUGCUGUAGGGGCCAAGGCCAAAGCGGAGGCGGUGGAAGGCAAAGUCCUCCUGGGCAAGCGCAGCCACUCCAGCAGGUCGGUGUCGCCGGUGAAGCCGGUGACGAGGCGGCAGCGGACGACAACGGCGACGAAGGCGGAUUCCACGGCGGCUGCGAUGAAGGCCGCGACAAAGAGCGAGAACAAGCCGACGAGGCAGAGGAAGAGGGGGUGA